AUGUCUCUCGCAACUUUGGAUGUGAGGUCUCCUCGUGAACUGAUUAACCGCAUCCCCACCAUCACGCUGACCUCAAACCAGACCACAGCGCACCCCAAUCUCCCCACAGCAUCCGCAACAUUGUUUCGGGCCAAGGCAGCUCGCAAACUCAGCUUCGAGAGAAUCGGUGAACACCUCGGUCGAAGUGAAGUCGCCGCGGCCGCUAUUUUUUACGGCCAGGCCAAGGCGUCGCAGGAAGAUAUCGAAAAGUUGGCCAGUCUACUUGGAAUCCCUCAGCAGCCCCUGGAGGACCAGCUUGACGGCUUCCCCGAUCGCGGUCGUUCCGUUGAGAUGCCACCGAAGGAGCCCCUGAUUUAUCGACUGUAUGAGAUCGUGCAGAACUAUGGUUAUGCCUACAAGGCAGUUCUCAAUGAGAAGUUUGGGGAUGGGAUUAUGAGUGCGAUCUCGUUUUCGACAAAGGUUGAUAAGGAGAUUGACGACCAGGGUAACAGCUGGGCUAUCAUUACUUUACGUGGUAAAUGGUUGCCCUACUCUCGAUUCUGA